CUACACAUCGUCAUUCAGAAACCCUCAUUCAGAAACCAAUUUCAUUCCUUUCAUUCAGAAACCCACCUGCUCAUCCCAUUUCCGAUUUCCAACUGGAUUUUAGCUCGUUUCUUUUGAUUCUUGGAGCUCUAGAUUCUCCUUCAGCAAGCGAAUCCAUAUAAGAGCUGAAUCGGUGUUUUUUGAAGAUGGAUUCUGGAAAAUUGAAGGUCAACGCCGAAGAAUCUACUAUUCAUCUGCGAUUUUGAGACUUCGUUUUAAAUCGAUCCAGGCAUGUUUGAUCGCUAGUUCUUUGAUAUUCUAAGCGACUUGGGUUCCUCUAUCAAGAAUGUUGUGCAGUAAGAAUGAGUCCACACAACCUGCAUUGCAAAGUCAUUGAGCCUCACUCAGGUAAGGAGUAGAUGGGAGUUUCUCUCUCUAGGGCGUAAGAAUGCUGGGCAGUAACUCAAAUUACUUUCCACUCCCUUCUUCCCUUCAAUUCUUCCAUUAUUUUGUGGCUCUUCUUUGCACAAUUUUUGGAACCCUGGGUAGAUAUGACACUUACGCAAUCCUUUUUGUUUUGAUUUAGAUCUGCGCUCUCUCUUACUCAGUUUGCGAGAUUUCCUUCUUCAUGGUCAUCUCAAUCUUUUCUACUUCGCCAGGUUUCGUUCGCCAACGCCGUCUUUGUCACCCGGUUUGGGUGAAUCGAGGGUCAUCUUCAUGCAUUGCAAGUUUGAUUUCACAUGGCAUUUGAUGAGUCAAAAUAUGAUGUAGAAAUCAUAAUUCAAGACCAUCCUCUAUCUAUUCUGGUCAAAGAAAAGGAUUUCCAAACUACGAAAGAUGCUUCAGCGGCUCAAGAAUCGAAUGCAGCAGGCUGUAUACAAAUCAUUUUGGUGGCCCUUUUUCCCAUAGAGGUGUGUUCUUGUUCUGUUCUUGAUUCACAACGAUCAUUUCAGGAUUUAUUGGCUUUGUGCUGGCAGGUGGGAGAUUCAAGUUCAAUGUACAAAGAUUCUUAAGGAUUGGGUUCCUCACUUGUUCCUCUGUAGGAGCAACAACGUGUACCAUAGGAAUAGGAUGGAUUAAAGAGGCAGGCAUGUAGAUUAUGCAAAUUGUAAGGAAGAUGAUGUAAAUAUUACAUUCUUAUAUGUUAAUAAUAUUUUAAAUGUAUG